AUGAAUAAACAUUCUAAUACUUCUCCAAAACCAGCGGCUUUUUCAAUAGCCAAUUCUUAUCACAAUUAUAUCAAUCAAUCAAUGAACAACGAAGAUGAUUUCGGUUGCAUCAAAGUCGAGAUCUCCGACCUCGAUAAUAGUUGUCCCAAUCAAACAACACUCAGUUUAAUGAGAUGUAAAAAGCAAAUUAUUCAUCCAUUUCGUAGUUUGCUUUGUUUAAUUGGUUGGAGACCGUUUGGUGCUGAUAGUUUAAAACGUUCAUCGAUUUUAUUACGUAUUUUUAAUAUCAUUUAUCCAAUUUUCAUUUUGAUAUUAUUAUUGUUCAACUAUACAUAUGAAAUUAUCGUAUGUCAAGGUAAACUUAACGUAGUUACCGAUACCAAAACAACAACAACAACAACUAGUACAACCUCAUUAUCACCAAGUCAAAAUCAUACCUUAUUAAAUUGGAGUUCACUCAUACCUCCAAAACCUUUUCACAAAAUUAAUGUUACUGAUGCGGAGACACUUGUAUGUGGUCAUAUAUUUACUACUUAUAUACUACCUGAUUUAUUACAUUUCAUUGCCUUUAUUAUUGGCUUUAUAUAUUUUCGUACUACGGAAGGAGAACCAAUGUAUUCUCUUAUGGAAAAGGUAUUUAUUCAUGCCGAUCAAAAUAUGCGACAAUUUAGCCCUAAUCGAGUAAUUCGAAGAUUGAAAAUAUUCUUGUUAAUUGGCAUUGUCUGGGUUCUCGCGUCAGUUGCUACUCAUGCAUUGUCUAAUGCGAUGAAUGAUUUUACUCAUCCAUUAAUAUUUGAUACACAAAAUAACUUGAAAGGAAAGUCCGUUAGGUAUAGUUUAUUUAUUCUCGAUAUUGUAUGUUUACUCAUAUCGAAUUGUAUUCAUCUGACGAUUGUUAUAAAUUUUGUCACACAUUGUGAAAUGGUUGUUUUCUAUUCUAAAUCUAUACGAACACGAUUAGAAGAAAAAUCAAUACAUCUUCUUGAAGCAAUGAAGCAAAUUCUCGAUCUUGGCCAAUCCAUCAGUCAAUUGAAUAGUUUAGUUUCACGAAUGAUGUCAAUCUUAAUUGUUUACUAUCUUGAACGUACAAUACUAGGUAUUAUCUUACUCAUGGCAAAUGAAAUCAAAGAACCGAUCAUGUAUGCUUAUCGAGCUUUAUAUCCGAUGGUUUGGUUUUCUAUUCUGCUAUUUUGUUUAGGAGAGGCAGCACGAGUAACAUCAAAAUGUGAUAAAUUCCAUCGUGUUAGUCUUGGAAUGCGCGUUUAUGGCUAUCAUGCAGCAAGUUAUGCUGAUCUUGAUGGUUUUCUUCUAUUUCUUUCAAAAGCAGAAUUACGCGCAAAAUUAUUUGGUUUAACUGUUCGGCCGGGUAAAAUUAUUUUCAUACUAGUAACAACAAUGAUUAUAUGUGUCAUUCUUCUUCAAACAAAUAUUAUUAAGAGUUCAAAUUUUUUCCUUCAAUGA